CAUGGACUGCUUAGAGUAGGAGCCUGAGUCCAGUACAGCAGGCUCAUUUGAGCUUUCAUUUUCUUUCAAAUUCCAGAAACAGCCAACUUCAUUUGGACUGGAUGAGAUAUUUUCUGACCAGGCAAAGCCCAUGAAAAUCAGCAGUAUAUUUGAUGAUCUACUAAGUAUAAGUUUCUAGGAUCCUGUUCUGAACUACGUGGGGACUGAUUCAGAAGGACUUUACUCCAAAUUUCUUCACUGGUACCAUGGACUACCUCAUUGGGAUUGUACUUCUACUCUCUUGGGUAUCAAUGCCAGCAAGUGUGCGCAGUCAACAGGGAAAGAACAACGUCCCUCGGCUGAAGCUGUCUUAUAAAGAAAUGCUGGAUUCAAACAAUCUCAUUACCUUUAAUGGUUUGGCCAAUAGUUCCAGUUAUCACACUUUCCUUUUGGAUGAGGAGAAAGGCAGACUAUUGGUUGGCUCGAAGGACCACGUGUUUUCAUUUAAUCUUGUUGAUAUUAACAAAGACUACCUAAAGAUUGCAUGGCCUGCAUCUCCAACCAGGCGAGAUGAAUGUAAAUGGGCAGGAAAAGAUAUUUUGAAAGAAUGUUCAAACUUUAUCAAAGUACUUCAAAGUGUUAACCAAACUCAUCUGUACGCUUGUGGAACUGGGGCCUUUCAUCCAAUAUGUGCCUAUAUUGAUGUGGGAAAACAUCCGGAGGACAAUAUAUUCAAACUGGAAACAUCACAUUUUGAAAAUGGCCGUGGAAAGAGUCCAUAUGACCCAAAGCUGCAGACUGCUUCACUUUUAAUUGAUGGUGAAUUGUACUCUGGAACAGCAGCAGAUUUCAUGGGCAGAGACUUUGCCAUUUUCCGUACACUGGGGAAACACCAUCCAAUCAGGACGGAACAGCAUGAUUCACGAUGGUUAAAUGAUCCUCGGUUUAUCAGUGCUCAUCUAAUACCUGAAAGUGAUAACCCAGAAGAUGAUAAGAUUUACUUCUUCUUCCGAGAAAAUGCAAUGGAUGGAGAACAUUCUGGAAAAGCAACUCAUGCAAGAAUAGGGCAGCUCUGUAAGAAUGAUUUUGGAGGUCAUAGAAGCCUUGUUAACAAGUGGACAACCUUUCUGAAAGCACGACUGAUCUGUGCUGUACCAGGAACUAAUGGAAUUGAUACCCACUUUGAUGAACUUCAGGAUGUCUUCCUAAUGAGUUCAAAAGAUCCCAAAAAUCCAAUUAUCUAUGCAGUGUUCACAACGUCAAGCAACAUCUUCAAAGGAUCAGCAGUAUGUACAUACAGUAUGUCUGAUGUGAGGCGAGUAUUUCUGGGCCCCUAUGCACAUCGAGAGGGACCAAACUAUCAGUGGGUACCAUUUCAGGGAAGGGUCCCUUAUCCACGACCAGGAACUUGUCCAAGCAAAACAUUUGGAGGAUUUGAUUCAACAAAAGAUCUCCCAGAUGAUGUUAUUACCUUCGCACGGAGUCAUCCUGCCAUGUACAAUCCAGUUCAUCCAAUAAAUAAUCGUCCAAUAAUUAUCAAGACUGAUGUGGAUUAUCAGUUCACACAGAUUGUGGUUGACCGUGUUGAUGCAGAAGACGGACAGUAUGACGUUAUGUUCAUAGGAACAGAUGUUGGCACUGUUCUAAAGGUUGUGACUAUUCCCAAGGAGACAUGGCACGACUUAGAGGAAGUGCUCUUAGAAGAAAUGACUGUAUUCCGUGAGCCUAUUCCUAUCACUGCUAUGGACUUUUCUACAAAGCAGCAACAGUUGUAUCUUGGAUCAGCAAUUGGAGUCUCUCAGAUGCCCUUGCAUCGAUGUAAUGUCUAUGGAAAGGCUUGUGCAGAGUGUUGUUUAGCGAGAGACCCCUACUGUGCCUGGGAUGGCACUGAAUGCUCACGAUAUUUCCCAACAGCAAAAAGACGCACAAGACGACAGGACAUCAGAAAUGGGGAUCCUCUUACUCAGUGUUCAGACUUACAAGUUAAUGAUGAUAUAAAUGGCCAUAGCAAUUUACAGGAGAAAGUCAUUUAUGGAGUUGAAAACAGCAGCACAUUUUUGGAAUGCAGCCCCAAAUCUCAAAGAGCCGUCAUCUAUUGGCAGUUCCAGAAACAGAAUGAGGACAGAAAAAAUGAGAUACACGCAAAUGAGAAAUUUAUAAGAACAGAUCAAGGCCUCCUCAUCCGCAGCCUGCAUAAGAAAGAUUCUGGAAUCUACUUCUGUCAUGCUGUAGAACAUGGAUUCAUCCAGACCUUAUUAAAAGUUACCCUGGAUGUUAUUGACUCAGAGCAUCUGGAAGAACUUUUACAUAAAGACGAAGAUGGAGAAGGAGCCAAACCAAAAGAAGGCCAUGCAAUUAUUCCUCCAAACCAGAAAGUUUGGUACCGGGAUUUCAUGUCCCUUAUUAACCAUCCCAACUUUAACACUAUGGAUGAGUUUUGUGAGCAAGUGUGGAAAAGAGACCGCAAGCAGCGUAAACAAAAAUCAGGCAAUACCCAAGUUAAUGCAAACAAAUGGAAACACAUUCAGGAAAAUAAGAAAGGCAGAAACAGGAGGACCCAUGAACUCGAGAGGGCGCCAAGAAGUGUCUGAUUAUGGAAUGGCAUUUUGCAGACUUUUUCCAAAAGGACUCUUACAGACACUUCCCUGGAAACAAACGCAAUAUGCUCUUCUAGUUCAUUGCAUUGAAGAUGUUUACAAUAGUUUAAUGGUAAUAAUUGACUGAACCAUGACACGCUAGUACUUUAUGACUGUUCUUUGAUGUGCAAGAAUAAAAACUGACACUUGAACUAGACUUCUUGUAAAUACAAGUCUCAAGAAAUAUACUGUAUUUGACAUUUAUCUGGAGUUUUAGUCUAGUUGUUUUAAUAAGUUGGUAUGGUUGAUUCCAAGAAACUUAAAAUCAAUUGCAUUUUAAAACCAAGGGUGUUAAUACUUAACACAACAGAAUACUGAACUAAAAAAAGAUGAUGUGAAAUAUGAAAGGUGAUUUAAUGCACAGAAUUUAUGGUUACAGUUAAAUAAAUCUGUGUUGCUCAUCCGAGAAGAGAAAAUACAGUUUGGAAUAACUGAAGAUUAUUAUUUUAAAAGGACUAAGCACGAAACCAUAAUUAAUUGCUAUCGCUUGGAUGAAAAGUAUAAAUAUUUGAUUACACUGUAAUUUGUACUAAUUUUGUCACUUAGUGUAAGAUAUUUGGACUAAUGGCAAAACAUCAACUUUUGUUUCUACACGUCGUUUGACAAUUUAACUAUGAAAGCUAACAAAAUUCUCUUUUUGCUAUUUAUAUUUUACCAUGAAAUUAACAUUGCCCUGACUGACUUUUAUUAACAAUUCUGGAAUAAGCCCUUCCAACACUGAUAAAUAUUUAAACUUGAUGUGCUAUUUUAUUUGUAGUCAAUAGACUUCUACCUAAAAUGUGUGUUAAAUGUAUAUCUUUCCACUUUCAAAAACUACUGCACCCACAGGGUUAAAAAGCUACAUUGUAUUCCUUAGUAGAUUAAGUUCUAAAUUAUUUCCAACUUAUCUCUUUAGCGUUCUCAUCCUUAUAUGCAGUAAUGUUACGUGUAUUAUGGUGUCAAAGAAACAUAUGAAUUUAAGUUAUCUGACUCAAAGCAACAGACAUAGUUUCAUUUCAUGGAACCAAAAAACACAUUUUUAAUUUAUUAUACUUGUAAGAUAUGUAAACCAACAUUUCUUUUGCUUUGAGUGAUCUCACACACGCAGAUGCAUCAACAGAAUUAUGGUGAUGUUAUAAAAUCAGGAAGUUGGACCAACAAACAAUGCACGGCAAGGUUUGAAACAUAUACUCUUACGAUAAUAAAGGGUGUGAUCUAAUGUUAUCUGUUAUAAAUUUAUAAUUCAGCUUUUAACACGUUUUGCAAUAAAUGUCAGAAAUGCAGCCUGUCCAGGGCUUAUUGUGUUCAUUAAACUAAAUUUUGUAUUCUAAAGGUAACUGCAGCCAAAAGUAUCAGUUCUGUUUGAUUAUCUUUGGUGCAUGGAUUGGCUAAGGUAUUGUCAAAAUGAUUUAAAGCUAACAGAGAAAUGUAUAUUGGUUACUACAGAAAAGAUAAAUGUGGCACAUUUUCUUUUUAUUCUUUCAUGGAAGUUACAAUAUAUCAAUUAAAAAGAAUUACCAACACCUACCAUGAUUACUGUGCAUCUUGAUAAGUUACAUUUGUAAUGUUAGCCACAAUAACAUUAAUGUAACUUGGUGAAAAAUGCAUGUGUAUAAAAUUAAUGAGGCAUGGACAAAUGUAAAACAGAUUAUUUGAAUUAAUUAAGGCAAGUUAAUAUUUAAAACUUGCCAAUGUAAAAUACUAAGUGGGUUUUAAAAUGGAGGUUUUAACCUUCACCUUUCCAUUUGUGGACAACCAGGGCAUGCACCCUUGUUCAAAGUGUGUUUGCUACUGCAAAGUACUUCUCACUGUCUUCCCUGUUUAAGUUAAUUUCUGAAUCAUUCUUGAUCUGCA